AUGGCAGAAGGCAAUACCCGCUAUCACUACGACCCGUCCAUGGCGGCGGCUGUCAUUUUUAUUGUUGCCUUUUCCCUCUCAGGUAUCUACCAUACCUACCAGGUCAUACGACUCAGAUCAUGGUAUUUCAUCCCAUUCGUGGUCGGUUCUAUAGUCGAGGUCGUUGGAUACACAGGCAGAGGCGUGAACGCUUCGGAGCCCUCGGGAGAAUGGACAGAUGGACCAUAUAUUAUCCAAGCCCUGUUCCUUCUGCUCGGUCCUCCUUUCUACGCCGCCUCCAUUUACAUGGUCCUCGGACGCCUUAUUAGACUCCUCAAGGCGGACAGUUUCUCCGUGGUUAGGUUGAACUGGCUGACCAAAAUCUUUCUCUUUGGAGAUAUUGCUUCUAUUGCUGCUCAAGGAAUGGGUGGCGGCAUGCUUGCUGGAGCUGACAGCAAAUCAGCAAAAGAUAGAGGCCAGAUGAUAAUCAUCAUUGGUCUCUUUAUCCAGCUUAUCUUCUUCGGCAUGUUUAUCAUUGUCACAGUCAUUUUCCAUCGCCGAAUUCACAACAUGCCUACGGUCGCCAGCCUUAAGAUUCGAGCACCCUGGAAGAGGCUCCUUAUAGUCCUCUAUGUUUCUAGCGGCCUCAUCAUGAUUCGCUCUAUCUUUCGAGUUAUUGAAUACAUCAUGGGUGAGGACGGCGAGCUUAUGGCCAAGGAGGUUUACAUAUAUGUAUUUGACGGUACCUUGAUGCUCCUUGUGUCUCUGCUUUUCAACUGGUUUCAUCCCUCUGCCACUAUCAACAAAGAUAUUAUGCAGCGAUACAACAAUGUGGACUCGGAAACCCAGCUUGGGGACUUAAACUGA